GACCUUAGCCAUAGCAACUGUCGGUGUUGUAGUCUUUUCGCGCGUGUUUACUGUCUGCUGUGUCUAUUUUCAUGUAUUUUACUUUUAGCUGUUAUCAACACAGCAUUGAGAAACAACGGACACAGAUAAAACACUGCUACUUCGCAUUUAUACAGUAGCUCGACGGUCAGCUAGAUAAGCUAACAAGCGGGCAAUGUUAGCAGGCUAGGCUAACGUAACGUCAGUUAGGUUCACUUUAGGUGAUGUGUGUUGUGUUUAGGGUCUCAGGCGAUAAAACAUACACAUCGUAAUGUCUCUGAGCGCGGUUCACGGGACGCUGUCGAGUCUGAAGUCAUGUCAGGUGGACAUCGGGACGGGAAUGGAUAUAGUGACAGAUGUAGCUAUGGACCUGGCGGAAGCUCAGGAUAACAACAUGAACCCUGGCAUCAAAGAGAUGGAGGCCAUGAUUCUGGAGUGUGCCAAGCUGGACCGGGAGAUUAACUACUUUGUUGAGGUGGUGCAACAAGUCACAGCGGAGGUUAAUCCCCAGCAGCCAGAGGCCAUGUUCAGCCUGUCUGCCAAAGUGAAGGAGCAGUUUGCAGAGAGAGUCGCCCGGCUCUCUGACGCAGAGCUUCAGAAUCACCAGAAGGUUGUCGCGUUCAAGGAGAGCAUCCAGAACUCUCUCAGUCAAGCCAACCAAGAGCCAGCGGAGAACAUGGAGGAGCUCGAUGAGGACAUCGCUGUUACUCAGAGCCAAGUCAACUUCACCUGCCCACUCACACAGGUGGAAAUGGUGAACCCAGUGAAGAAUAAGAAGUGCAACCACAACUAUGAUGAAGGAGCCAUACAGAACCUGAUCAAAACAAAACACAGCCAGAAAAAGAAAUGCCGCUGUCCUGUGGUGGGCUGUGGAAACACCGAUGUGAAAGAGGCAGAUCUGAUCCCCGACCAGGUGCUGAGGAGGAAAAUCCAGACCCAAAAGAGACAGGGCAACUGGACGUAGUGCUUUUAUCCACUGAACUGUUGAUCCUACAUCCUGUGCCUUGGUUAUUAUCUGUAUAUUAAGAGAGGAUUUUUUGUUUGAGAGUGUUGUUAUAAAUCAGAACUCAAGUUGUUUUCUGAAUGCCUGAGAGUGAGAGUUUUGUACCACAUGGGAACUCUGAUUUCCAGUUAAAUACGAAUUGAGGAAGUGAUUUUUAUGUCCUCCAGUCUUGUUUGAUAUAAAUAAAAUCUGCAUACUUUCUCACAAAUAAUCA